GGAGCGGUGGCGGCGGCGGCGGGGAAGGAAGAUGGCGGCGCCGGGGCCAGCCGUCACCCGGGAGACGCGGCGGCCCCGCCGCCUCCAGCCCUGAAGGCCCGGGCCCAGCCGCGGCGGGCGGUGAGCUCGGCGGCAGCUGUGAAGUGGAAUGCCAUGGCCAGCUCCUCGGACAGUGAAGAUGACGGUUUCAUGGCCGUGGAUCCAGAAGACGCCGCGGUGGAAGGGACGAUGGAGCAAGACGAGGAGCCGCACGCUGAGCUGGAGGUCGAGGAGACCAGGCACAACAGAUCGAUGUUGGAGCUCCCAGAAGAGGUUUUGGAAUAUAUCCUCUCCUUCCUCUCGCCCUAUCAGGAGCACAAAACGGCCGCCCUUGUCUGCAAACAGUGGUAUCGACUAAUCAAAGGUGUGGCCCAUCAGUGUUAUCACGGCUUUAUCAAAGCAGUGCAAGAAGGAAAUAUUCAGUGGGAGAGUCGCACUUACCCCUACCCCGGGACCCCCAUCACCCAGCGCUUCUCGCACAGUGCGUGUUACUAUGACGCCAACCAGUCGAUGUACGUGUUUGGGGGCUGCACGCAGAGCAGUUGUAACGCCGCCUUCAACGACCUCUGGAGACUCGACCUCAACAGCAAAGAGUGGAUCCGGCCCCUGGCGUCAGGUUCCUACCCCUCACCCAAAGCUGGGGCCACCCUGGUGGUCUACAAGGACUUGCUUGUGCUCUUCGGCGGGUGGACGCGGCCGAGCCCUUACCCUCUGCACCAGCCAGAGAGGUUCUUCGAUGAAAUCCACACCUACUCACCCUCCAAAAACUGGUGGAACUGCAUCGUGACCACCCACGGCCCCCCUCCCAUGGCAGGACACUCCUCCUGUGUCAUCGAAGACAAAAUGAUUGUCUUUGGGGGUUCCUUGGGAUCUCGGCAAAUGAGCAACGACGUCUGGGUGCUGGAUCUCGAGCAGUGGGCUUGGUCCAAGCCCAACAUCUCCGGGCCCAGCCCUCACCCGCGGGGUGGCCAGUCUCAGAUCGUGAUAGACAACGAAACCAUUUUAAUCCUGGGUGGCUGCGGUGGUCCCAAUGCACUGUUUAAAGAUGCCUGGUUACUCCACAUGCACGCGAACCCCUGGACCUGGCAGCCCCUCAAGGUGGAGAACGAAGACCACGGAGCCCCGGAGCUGUGGUGCCAUCCUGCCUGCAGGGUGGGACAGUGCGUUGUGGUCUUUAGCCAAGCUCCCAGUGGCAGAGCCCCUUUGAGUCCCAGCCUGAACUCUCGGCCCUCUCCCAUCAGCGCCACGCCGCCCGUCCUGCUCCCCGAAACCCGGGAAUACCGCUCCCAAUCUCCCGUCAGGAACACGGACGAAGCUCCUUGCGUCAACGGCCGCUGGGGCACCUUGAGACCCAGAACCCAGAGACAAACCCCCUCAGGAUCCCGGGAAGGCAGCUUGUCCCCAGCGAGAGGGGACAGUUCUCCCGUCCUCAACGGUGGGACUUUAUCACCCGGAGCCAUGGCGGCCGGCGGCGCCUCCUUGGACAGCCCCGUGCAGGCCGUGUCGCCCAGCACGCCGUCCGCCGCCGAAGGAUACGACCUCAAAGUGGGGCUCGCCUUGGCCCCGCGCCGGGGAUCGUUACCGGAGCAGAAAGACCUACGGUUGGGAUCCGUCGACUUAAAUUGGGAACAGAAACCAACUUCCAUCGUCUGCCAGAUGGACGGUGUGGAGGGCAGGACGCUCGGCCUGAGGAACCCCCCCGAGCAAACCAACGGCGUCCACACGCCGCCCCACGUCGCCGGCUCCCUCCCUGGGGCCGUGUCUCCCGGAGCGCUCCGGAGGAGCUUGGAAGCUGUCAAAGCUCUCUCUUCCAAAGGUUCCUCAGCUUCUGCUGCGUUGAGUCCUCCCUUGGCUUCUUCCCCGGGUUCCCCGGGUGCCGAGACGGGCUCGGCGGCGCGGCCGGGCUCUACCCAAGGUGAUGGCCAUUCCUUACCUCCCAUCGCUCGCCGCCUGGGCCACCAUCCUCCCCAGUCCCUCAACGUUGGGAAGCCUUUGUACCAGAGCAUGAACUGCAAACCCAUGCAGAUGUACGUGCUGGACAUUAAAGACACCAAGGAAAAAGGACGAGUCAAAUGGAAAGUGUUCAACAGCAGUUCGGUGGUGGGACCCCCCGAAACCAGUUUACACACGGUGGUGCAAGGCAGAGGGGAAUUAAUCAUAUUCGGUGGCCUCAUGGACAAGAAACAAAACGUCAAAUACUACCCCAAAACAAAUGCCUUGUACUUUGUGCGAGCAAAAAGAUAAUGCGGCCCGAGCCCUUCGCCGCCAUCACCUUCUCCCCCCUCCCUCUCCGCGGCUCUUCCCUCCCUCUCCUUUCCCAGCCCCCCCUCUGUCACGCAGGCGUCCAAACUGUGAAUUUAGGGAGCAAGAAACCAAUAAAAAUCCAAGCUAAACCUC